AUGCUGUAGUGCCGAAAGCAAAAUAACCUUAGUGCACCUGACUUAGCUUACGUUAGCUAGCUAGCAGCUGUUGUGCUAAGCUAACGUUAUCUCUCGCCCGUGCUGCAUCAGCCGUGACGCGAGCCAGCUGAUGAGAGAGGAUUCAACCGAGAACAAUUCAGCUUCACCAGCCACGUGAUGAGAUUACACAGUCCUCCAGCUGCGUCUGCAACAGAGGAGAACUCGGGAGCAGCUCGUGGAACAAGGCAUCAUGCCGCCUCUGAAAACCCCUGCUGCCUUUCACGAGCAGAUCCGCAGCCUGGAGAGAGCCCGGACCGGAAGCUUCUUAAAGCACAAACUCUGCAGCAGACCGCAGCGCUCCGAGCUGGUCCGCAUGCACAUCCUACAAGAGACGCAGGCCGUUCCCUCCCUGCAGGCCACACAGAUGAAGCUGAAGAAGGCCAGACUCACCGAUGAUCUCAAUGAGAAGAUCGCCCAGCGGCCUGGAGCCAUGGAGCUGGUGGAGAAGAACAUCCUGCCCGUGGACUCUGGUGUCGAGGAAGACGUGGACGGUGGCGAGGCAAACGGCUCCAAGCCAGCAGACGUUUUCAGCUUCGACGAGGACAGCAGUGAUGCCUUAUCGCCACGACAGCCUGCCAGCCAAAAAUAUCUCCGCUCCGCCGCUCAAAGGGGGUCCGGUGGGACCGAGGCCACUUCUGCCUCCUGUUACUUAGACUCUCGCAUACAGCACUCCCCACCGACCAGCACACAGUCCACAUCAGACGUAGUCGUCCGUCUCCCCACCGGUGAGCAACAGAGCAAACAAGCAGCGUCCACACUGCGGCCCGUCACCCCUGUGGUCCCCAGCGCGGCACCGGGGCCGCUUCUCGUCAAGCAAAGCCUGCCCAGGCUACCCAGCGAUAAAAGCCGCAGCAAAAAGAGCAAAGAGCCCAAACCACGUGUGAAAAAAUUGAAGUACCAUCAGUACAUCCCCCCGGACCAGAAGCAGGAACUCCAUGAAGUGCUGAUGGACUCGGCUUAUGCCCGUCUCCUGCAGCAGCAGCAGCAAUUCCUGCAGCUUCAGAUCUUGAACCAGCAGCAGCAGCAGUACAGCUACCAGUCGGCCCUGCCUGCCCCACGCAAACCGGCAACUGAGGUACAAAGCAGCUGUUCCAGCGUUGUUCUAAGUGGAAAGGCCGCGUUGAGCCCGGUGCAGUCCCGUCAGGCAAACCGCAGGCCGGAUCGUUUACCAGCUAAUCUGGACGAAAUGAAGGUUGCUGAGCUGAAAAGGGAACUAAAACUCCGAUCUUUGCCUGUUUCCGGGACCAAGCUAGAUCUAAUAGAGCGGCUGAAGUCGUACCAGGAGAACUCUGACUGUCGGAUUGCUGCUGUCAAUGAAACGGCAGCCUCGCAGUCGGACAACAAGGCGUUGACGCCGCCGGUGUCGCCGGUAGCCAGCCUGGGCGCAGAUGACGGUCGAAUGGCCGACAGCCCCGCCGAGCUCCCAGAAGUUCCGUCUUCGACCCCCUCUGUUGCCCGCGUGAACUUCCCCCCGAGAGCUCCAACGGAGGAGUGUCCCCCAGAGACGCGGCCCUACGAGAAGGACUCUGAGAAGGACAAACGUCUCCAUGAUAAGGAGCGUCAGAUUGAGGAGCUGAUGAGGAAGCUGGAGCAGGAGCAGAGGAUGGUGGAGGAGCUGAAGAUUCAGCUGGAGGUGGAGAAGAGGUGCCAGCAGGCGGAUUCUCCCGCUCAGCUCACGCCUCUUCCUCCCGUCCAGGUCAAAGAGGAAAGCAGCACCAGGUCAAGCUGCUCUGCGUCUUGCAUAUCUCCUGGUCUACCAGCGUUGGUCAAACAAGAGGACGCGGUCCUUCAAAAUCAUUUCAUCGUCUGCGAACAGACUUUCAAGCAGCCGAAAAUGUUGCAGUCAGUCAACGCCGGAGGUCAGACCCCCCAACCUGCUGCCUCCGCGGUGACCGUCCAGCUUCCCACCAGCAGCAUUCAGGUGCACACUGCUGUUAGCAGCGCAACACAAGGCCUCAUCCGGACCUCUGGGCAGGUGCCGCAGGAAGGGGAGGCUUCAGCUGCGUUACAACAUCAAUGCAGCACUGGGACUCUGACAAAGUCUCCUUGUACCAGGCAGCCGACUGCGAUCUCGCCAAAAGUCCCAAACCACGUGUCAAAGUGUAAAGACCCACCCCGCUACGAGGAUGCCGUUAAACAGACGCGCGGCUUGCAGGCAACUGUUCAGCGUCCCACCGCUGCAAGCCAGCAGAUGGACGACUUGUUUGACGUGUUAAUCGAGAGCGGCGAGAUUUCACCCUUCACCAGACAGCAUCCGCCCAGUCUGGACAAGCCUCUCCCCGUGACGGCCAGCGUCACCGUCCUCCCCGUCAACACCGCCUCGUCCCGCCCUCCGGCCCUGGUCCAAGUGGCCCGGCCGCCUGCGGCGCAGCUCGAGCCCUCUCCCAGCUCGGGGGCGCUGACCUCCGCCAACCAGCUGGAAACCCUCCUGGGUGCUCACACGCAGACGCUGAAGCUGACCGAGGAGGUCCACUCCCCCGCGGUUACCAUGGAAGGGUACUUGAACGAAGACACGUCCCCCUCCGCUCUGCACAGCACCAACAUGGACAAUAUGGACUGGCUGGACCUCACCCUGUCUGUGCCAGCGGGGGGGGUCAACUCUUUGGACAUGUCAGCGCCAGUGGGCGUCUUCUCUUCUGACUUCCUUGACUCACAUGAGCUGCACUUGAGCUGGGACUGACUGAGUUCAGACGGACAGACUUUUUAUGCGAGGGAAGCUGUUUUUACUUCCUGUGUGGGGGGGGGGGGGGGGGGGACAAGGUAUUUUGGUUGAGGCAGCUCUCUUUUGUUUUCUGGCUGUAAAUUAGCUCAGUAAAUCAGUUUAGAAGUUCCUUCGUUGCUUCCUUUGAGGUCUUCAAACGCUUUGCUUCUACAGGGAGACGGAGGCGAUAGGACUGGCAGAUUGAGUAGAAGCUGCCUUCACCACACAUCUUAACUCGUGAUAGAAUUUUGUUGUUAUUAUAACUGUUCUGACGUCAUUGUUUUCCGUUUGUCAUCUGAUUGUAAUGAACGUCCAGUGUUGUGUUGCCUUAGUAGCAGAAAGACACACAAAUGGUGAAUGUUCAUUGUGUUUGUGUAAAUUGUGAAGCAUAAAUCUGAUGUUUACUUCAA